AUGACACCCGAUUACUGGUUGACAAACCAGCAUAUGGACGUGGCAAUGUACCUCCUCAUGAAGACGAUCAAGCAAUACCCUGCCAUAUUCAAUAAGAAGGUUGUGCUACUGGACACUAUAUUCACUGUAUCAGUUGAAUCCCACUUUAAUGAGUUCAUUAAAGAUCCUCAUAAUGUUGGAGAAUGGGACAAACAUGAAGUCUUUGAGCACUAUAUUUCUGGAAAAAACCCUAAAGGGUCCAUACCAUUGAAUGGUGUAGAUUACAUUUACUUUCCCAUGAAUUGGAGAAAUAUCCAUUGGGUUGCAAUUGAGGUUGAAGUUGGCAACAAAUGGAUCAAUGUAUAUGAUCAAAAAAUUUCAAUCACCAACAAGGAGGAUUGCAAUAAUCAUAUGAAACCCUUGAGGACUAUGUUGCCAUACAUCCUUCGUAUGGGUGGGAUUGAUGCAGGAGUCGCCCCAUGGCCUGCUCAUAGAUUGCAAGAUGUUCCUCAGCAAGAGACCGGGGGAGAUUGUGGGAUGUUCACAAUAAAAUUUAUAGAGGUAUUAAGUGCAGGAAUGCCAAUACAACUUAUUAAUCAGAAAGACAUGACGUUUUACAGGAAGAAAUUCACAGUCGAGUCAUACGGACAACAUUUUUAA